AUGGACAGUAUCCAGCUCCGGAGAGCCAAAAGAAGAAUGCCAACCGGGAGCUCGGGCUCUGACCGGCCACGAGCUCAACUCACAAUUCCCAGUGUGCCCAAAUUUCCGCUGUCGUCGCCAAUCACAGAUGAAAUCACUAGCCCAGCUGGUACCUCUGAAGGGUCCUCUGAGGAGGACAGGGACCUGGAACUGAAUCAGCCAUUCGAGUUUCUCUCAAAGGUUACGAGCAGAAAUCCGUUUGUUUCCAAUGCUGGUAGGGCGGCGCCGGACAGAAUUCGUGACUUUGAACGGAGAUUUGCAACACAUGCACAAAUACAUAAUCCUGAACGCGAACGGCCUGUUGGGCUUAAUCUGGAGAUCCCGGGAUCUGUCCCUCAGCCAGAGUUGCAGCAGCCGUUGCGGAAAGAAACGGCUGGUGCAUUUGUGGAUCUAAAUGACCUCAAGGUGCUCUCGCAGGCGAGGGAGGAGGAGAGGACGGCGCAGAAGAUCAAAGGGAUUCUGAAGAAGGGAGAUGAUAAGAAGGAGAGGGGGAGUACGAAGGGAUUCCAACGGUUGGCAGAUGAUUCUUCUGACUCAAGGGGAGGGAAGAGACUUUCGCUGCUCGACGCAGUUUCUAAAGUUUCAAAGAGAAAAACUAGGGACGAUGGUAUCUCGCCAACGGACCGGCCCAUCGUUAUUGGGUUCUCGGUACCAUAUGACUCCCCUGAGCUCCAAGACGGUAAGGACAAGGAGGUUGACAGUGCGGGUACACAGCAUACUCCCCUUACGCCUUCAAUAAUAGUCACUCCAGCAAGGGAAGAUGGUUUCUGGGGUCAUCUCAGUCCGGAGAAUAUGAUCCACGCGCGCCCACGAGCGGCUUCUAGUGUUUACUCGCAGCCCUCGCCACGUCUGGGGCAUAACCACAACGUACCACCUGUACCAGCUCUUCCAGCGUUCUACUCCACCGGGAACGAUAGUUCAGCAACCGCAAGGGUACUUGGCUCUGUUCGCAAACGUCGCUCUAUGUCUACUGGCGCGGUCAGUGAGAAAGGCGAGGAACUACCGGCCGGACGUCCACGGUCUCAGUCGAAUGAGAAGGUCUCUCGAAUUUCCGACCGUCUCACCAUCAACACUUCAUUAAACGCGCGUGCCUCCCAAGGGUGGUGGAACUAUCUUCUUUCCCCAUUACUGAGCGCUAGCUCACUUCUAAGUCCGAAGACACCUACUACGACUAAGACACGCCCACACCUACCCACUAUCUCCACUAGCUCAUCGGGUUUGACUGAUGAAUGGUGGGACGAGAAGGAGAAAGAAAAAGAGAGAGAAGUAGAGAGGUCAUAUUUCUCGCCAGACACCCCAGAGGCAACUCGUCGGAUAUCAAGCUGGCAGAGUAUGACUGGUAACCCCUUUGCCGACUUUGAUUGGAGUAUAGACGAGAAGCAGCCGCAGUCUCAAGAUCAACUUGAGAACCAGAGCCCUGAAGCGCAAGAUCGGGGAGCGGCAUCGAUGAUGUUCUCCGGCCAAAGAAUUCAGGGUUCCGCGGCCGAGUACUACCAAGCAUGUGCGCAUGAACUGUUCAGUGGAACUCCGUACUUCGAAUGCGUUAACCACAUCUGUUCUAUCACGCCAAAGGAUAAAAUACCGGUGGCUGUUGAUGGUACUCCGCUGCAGGAUCAGGAUACACAAGGAGCAAGAGGUUUGUUGAUAGAUGUGGAUGAUAUGCCUCGCUCGAACCACCUCGAGUCUCCGGGAUCUGGAAUCACAUCUAUAAAUUCAAGUCCAUCGGAUGGUGCCGGCAGGUUGUCUGUGGAGUUGAGAGGUUCACUGAAAAGCUCAAGAGAACCUCCUGGCGAAGGGACUUCUGGAACUCCGAAGGUCAAUUCUCCCACACUUGAUACCCACGGAGGAACAAGACAGUCAGGCUCGUCGGCGCCCAUUAACCCUUUUGAACAGCCGAGAGAACCCUCAGUACCACCAGCACCCAGUAAUCCAUUCCUUGAACAGCCAAGAGAACCCUCACCAUCACCACCACAGCCUCCUACCCAAGCUCCCGCCCCUGCAACCAUCCAUAUAGAAAGCGCUGCUCCCCCACCCCCGGCUAAUAUCCAUAUAGAAGCUCCAUCAGCUCAGCCUGCCCCAAACAUCCAUUAUGGAGCGCCUGCACCCCCUGCACCCGUUAUCUUCGAGACUCCGGCACCGCAUGGAACGUCUAGGGCUCCCAACCCGUUUGAAUAUGCCCCUGGACCUUCCAUGGUCGCUCUUGCGCCAGAACCUGUGCCUAGACAUCGGUCAGUCAGCCGCACAGGUCCUCCUCCAAUCGCAAUGCCUUCACCCGAACAGGUACCCCCACCAGUAUACGGUGCGCAGGCGCAGUCUCCUUAUCCGCGCUCGCCAGAGAGCCUCCAGGAGUCCACGGAAAGGGGCGCCGUCCGACUUUCUAAUAUGCUUAUGCCCUCCGGUCCAGCGCCCGCCUACACACCUCACGACAACUCCGCACUUCCUCCCCGCGCCAUUCCCAUAACCCGAGAUAUCCUAACGCAUCCCGUUUCGGAACGUGACAGAGUUGAGACGCGCCGUCGUCGCUACGAGCGCGAAGAUGCUAUAUCCCGCAGAGCCGGCGGUUUAUGGCGCGGCCGCGGCCCUUUCAGCAACAAAGGCUGUUUCGGCCGCCGGGGUCGAGAAGGUCGCCUUCGGCGCAGGUGGUACGCCGCUAUCUGUCUUUUUUUCCUCGCCAUUGUCGUCGGUGCGAUCCUCCUCGCUACGUUCUUGACACGCAAAGGAGACGGCACGCCCGUGCAAUCGGCAUGGCUAAAUUUAACGGGCUACCCGCCCAUGCCGACAGGCAUAUCAACAAUCGCGGGCCCCGAAAACACGGUUCAGGACUCGGGGUGUAUCACGCCGAAUUCGAUGUGGAGUUGUGCGCUGCCGAAGGAGCAGCAGGACGCUAAUGAACCUUAUGCAACCAAUCAGCCGAAUUUCCGUGUUGAGAUCCGGUUUCAGAAUGGGACGUACGAUCAUAGUACGACAUUGGCAUCACGGUCGAUCCAUCGCAGAAGCGCGUACCAGCUGUUUAACCCUAACCCGGAUCCACCAAGUGUAGAAGAACAAGCGUUCCUGGGCCAGUAUACGGAUAAGACGUCUAGCCCGUAUGCAGGCGAAGAGACGCCCUUCUACAUCACUGUUCUUUCGGCGGAAUAUCUAUCCUCUUCGUCAUCUUCCCAAUAUAGCAAACGCGACAACGACACAUCAACAACGAACAACACAUCCACCUUCCCAGACGUAACCUCGCUAAUCCCUUCUCCAUCAAAAGCCAGCGACGGUACCGCUGCCCCCGCAACCCUCUACCCGCUUCCCUCUUCGCAACCAGUCCGUCUCUAUAACCGCGGCAAGAAAGACGAGCACUACGGCUUCUACACAUACUUUGACAGAUCCAUCUUUCUGUCCUCCUCAGCCGCUCUCACAGGAAUAAAAGAGAAUAACAAUAACGACACAGAUGGCGGAUCCACCAAGGAAGAUGCUUCCGUGCGCUGUACAUGGGCACAAACGCGUUUUCUCGUUCAGAUCUGGACAAAGGGUGACGAAUUAGGGCGAAGUGUGUUUGCACGCUCUGUCAACAGCACCACCAGUACAAGCGCCAACUCAACGUCUUCAUCUCCAUCAACCGCGGUCUCCUCCGCGACAGACUUCACCCGCCCCGGCUCCUUCCCCUACCCAAUAAGCAUAACACUCGAUCGACACGGCGGGAAUGUCGAAAAGAAGAAUCUCUACUGCUACGGUCUGGAAGAAAAUGCACGGUAUAACGCCUCGGCAGUCAAACUGCAACUGGAGGACCGGUCGGCGAAUUCAACUAAUGACGAGGCAUAUCAGAAUAAGGAUUAUGGUGGUUAUGAUGGUGGGAUGGGUGGGUGUUUAUACAUUCAUGAUGCGUUCAAUGGUCCCGUUUUUCCAGUUUCGGCAUGUACCAAACGUAGCCCCGGCUUCAACGCUAAGGAUAGAUGA